AUGUCCCAGGCUUCGGUACAGAGGACGGCGCCCAUCGCCAUUGCGCCCAAGCCGCCCCGGCUCGAGCCCGCCUCUUAUCGCCAAGAUAGCUUCCAUAGGCUCGAGAUGAGCCAGGGAAGCCUGCCGGCCACCAGCUCGGCGUCGACUGAGCCGGCUUCGUUCAACGGCUCACCCGUCCCGCCCUGUCUCGCCUGCCGGUACUCGCGUGCCAACUGCGUCAUGAGCGACGACGAGGAUGGUUGCGUGCCGUGCCAAGUCACCGGCUCCGAGUGCUCACUCGUCUGCAGCCCACAGUCCCGGAAGAGGAAGCUUCACGGCGAUGCAGCCUCUGACGACGUUAUCGGCAAGAGAAGCUCCCCGGGUCUCGCAUCCAGGCGACGAAACCACAACUCUAGUCUUUCCAGCACCGCCGCUAGCAGUUCCUUUCUUGAGGAGAUGGCCAAUGUUGGCGGUCCGACCAUGCUCAAGCGGACUCUGGGACUUCAGGACGAUCGUUUCAGCCAGUACAUCGGUCCCACCACCGACUUCGAGCCCUCUCUCAUCAACCUCUCCCCCUUCGAUCCGCACGACGAGAGCCUGCUGUCCCGGGGCACCCUCCGCAAGGUGAGCGACCACGAUACCUUCUUGAUGCUGCCCGACCACAGCACCCCGGGGCACGAGCAUGUGACGCAAGAUGCCGACCACGUCGAGUCCAUCGUGGGGCCCCAUGGCCGCAAGCUCAUCGACAUCUACUUCCGCGUCGUCCACCCCGGCUUCCCCAUUAUCCAGAAGCACGUCUUCUUAGAAAAAUACGAGCGCUCCUAUCGAGAGUUCUCUCCGCCCCUCCUCGCCGCCGUCUAUAUACUUGCCAUCAAUUGGUGGGACCAAAGCGAGGAACUCGCUCAACUACCCCGCCCCAACGUCAGAGAACUCGAGAGCAUCGUACGCACCACUCUGGAGGAUGCCUGCUUCCGCCCGAAGCUGUCCACAAUACAGGCCGGUCUGCUGUUGUCUCAGCGACCCGAAGGCGACCAGUGGGCACCAACAGCCCAGCUCGUCGCACUAGGACACGAGCUCGGGCUACAUCUAGACUGCUCACACUGGAAAAUACCACCAUGGGAAAAGGGUCUAAGAAAGCGGCUGGCAUGGGCACUCUAUAUGCAGGACAAAUGGGGCGCUCUUGUUCACGGGCGGCCGUCUCACAUCUUCGCAACGAACUGGGGCGUCCAGGCACUCACAUCCAACGACUUCCCUGACGUUGAAUGGGACGAGAAUGAUCCUGAGGAAAAGUUGGAUGUUGAGAGGGGCCGAAUGCUGUUCACGCGGGUGGUCCAGCUCUCGGAGAUUCUAUCGGAAAUUCUCGACACCUUCUACACCCUACAGGCGAUGCAGACCGUUACAAACGCGGGUCCUCAAGGCACACAGCUCGUUCUGUCGUUAGCUAAGCCAAUCCAGCUGAAACUCAAGGAGUGGUACGGAGGUCUGCCUCAGUUGAUCCGCUUAGAUUCUUCGUACUCGUCCAGCAACCCGACAACCAGCAGGCUUUCCAGCAUUGGAUACCUACACCUGGCUUAUUUCGCGGCGGAAAUUACACUACACAGACGCAUCAUCAGAUCGCUGGCCUCAGCCUCGGCGGCGGUUGAUUCAUAUGUGCAACACAUUUGUCGCAGCGCUGCGAAGGCCCGCCUCAUUUCCGCCAUGGACUUUGUCAACCGCCUCACUCCCAAUCACCUCAGAUCGUUCUGGUAUUUUGCAUCCAAGACCAACUUUGCCCUCAUUGGCACUUUUGGCUCCCUCCUCUGGGCCACGUCACCAGGACGCGAGGAAGCCGAUUGGUAUCGACGACGUCUCGGAGAGUACCGCUGGACUCUUUCGGUGAGCUCAAAGCCUGGUGAGGGCAGCAAGGGUCUUACCGAGUUUGCCAUGACGAUGCUCGACAUCUCAACAGGCUUGCUCAAGCAGCUCCCUGAGAAGCCAUCCAUGAGCCGAAACGGGAGCCUUGCCGACCUGUCUGCCUCAGCACCACCAACUUUCAAUGGAGGCGGAAUACUUGACAGCUUGAGUAACCUCGCUAGCGCCGACGUCAGCGAGAUGCACACUCCGCACAGUGGGGACGACUACAGCAGUGAUGAUGAUAUGGAAGAUGAGCCUUUGGGGAUGUGA